AUGGCGCAGGGCGAGAAGAGGACUGCGGCGGAGGUCAAGGCAAAGCUCGCCGAGCGGCAGGCGCGGUGGAUGCGGGAGCGCCAGGCCGAGGCGGACAAGCGCGGCGUCGUGCAGGAGAUGGCGCGGGAGCGCGUGCCGCCGCCUGCGACGAGCGUCGCGCCUGCUCCUGCGCGCGUCGAAGCCGCGGCUGUCGCACGGCCGGACAGGCUGGGCAGCGUGCCGACGGAGCGCGCCCACGUGCAGGUGGCGGCGAGCACGGACCGCGGCGUGGCGGCGUUCGAUCCUGAGGAGGUGAUUUCGCGUCUCACGGAGCGGUUGACAGACCGGUUGCGCGUGGAGCUCCGCGACGAGGUGGAGCGGGAGCACCGCGCGGCGCAUGUGGCGAAGCAGCUCGCGGAGAUGAACGAGAGGACGGUCCUGGAGGGAGUGCUGAUGCGGGAGAUUGAGAGCCACACGUGCGCGGUGUGCUAUGAAUUGAUGGUUGCUCCGCAGCGCACUCCGGUGCUGUUGUUUCCCUGCGGGCACACGUUCUGCCAGGCGUGCCUGGACCAGCACCUCCGCGUGCACGGCAAGAACGCGUGUCCGUUCUGCAGGAAGCCAGUACAGAGCCGAGCACACAACAUCGCGCUGCAGCAGCUCAUUCAAGCCUUCGUGGCCAAGCGCGAGCGAGCGCGCGAGGCCGGGGACGACCCCGCGGCGGUGUCGUGGCCCGGCGGCGUCGGCGCGAGCGGCGGCGCUGCCCCGGGGGACCUGGCGUCCGCCGCUGCGGCAGCGGGACUGGCGCCCGCCGGGGCCUCGCCGCAGAAGCCGGCCGGCCCGCACGACAGAGACCGCGACGAGUACCUACGGCGAAGAGACCAGGUGCUCGUCCGGUGCCGGGUGCUUGCCAACGAGCUCGAGGACACGCUGCACAAGGCGUCCGCGAUCGAGCCGAGGGUCGCGCGCGGCGUCGCGGCCGUCGAGGACGCAGAAGAGUGCGUCGCGCGCGCACACGCGGAACUCGCCCGGGCGCAGGCGGCGCUCGAGCGCGCGCAGGCGGCGGUGGUGGAGCGCAAGAGCGGGCUCGAGGCGCUGCGGGCGGAGCACGAGAACGAGAUGCAGAAGGCCGAGCUGAUCGAGAGGACAUUAGAGCCGCUGCGCGCGGAGGCGGAGAAGCUCGCGUGCCUUGCGGAGGCGUGCGGGCCGUAG